AUGCGUGCCUUCGCCUCAGUCCUGCUUCUGACGGGCUCCGUGCUGGCACUACCCGCUCAGAAGCGCAAGAAUGUCGUUCCUGCUACCUGUGAUCCGAAUGUCGUCCAGACUGUCCUUAAAACGGUGACCUCACUGAAGGCUCCGGAAACCGUAGUUCUCGCCACUUUCGAAACGGGCUUGGUUGAAUCUCAUUUCAACAACCUUAACUUCGGGGAUCGCGAUUCCUUAGGUGUUUUCCAACAACGCCCAUCUCAGGGCUUCACCAACCCUACGGACGUCGCGCAUGCUACCACGGCAUUCGUACAGGCGGCCAUCAAGGACUUUAACAAGCACCCUGACAGGAGUGCAGGCACGAUCGCCCAGGAUGUACAGCGAUCGGGUUUCCCUCAACGCUACGAGCAGGCCAAAGGCGCGGCACAGAAAAUCCUCGACGAAGCCCGCGCGGGCGGGGCGCUAUCCUGCGCUGGCAAGUCAACUGCCACCCAGUCGACCGCUGCGGCCAAGGCCACUUCCGCGUCGAAGGGCUCCUCGAAGUCUGGCUCCAAGUCUGGCUCCAAGGGUGCAGCCAAGUCCAGUGCUGCUGCUUCGUCCAGCGACGCCGCCGCAUCUUCCUCAGACUCGGUUGCGGCGGCCUCCUCUACGGUAGCGGACACCACCAGCGACAGCGUCGACGCGACUUCUACCGACAGCUCCGUGGACGCAACCUCGACCGAUUCUACGGACGCGACCGCGACUGAUAGCGCGGAUGCAACUGCGACCGACGCCGCCGACGCUACCGAUUCGGCCGAGACGGACGAUGCUGACGCGACCGCCACGGACAGCGCGGACGCCACUGCCACCGAUGCUCCGGACGAUGAUACGGAUGCAACGGCCACCGAUAGCGCGGAUGCAGCGGAUGCCACCACGGAUCCCGACGCUGAUUCCACUACCGACGCUGCGUCCACCGAUGAUGGUGAUGACGGCGACGACACUGCGACCGCCACGGCCGAUGCCGCUGACCCUACUGCAGCCGACGAUGGUUCCGAUGACGUUGAUGGUUCCGAUGACGUUGAUGGCACCGAUGGCACUGACGACACCGGCGCCGACGCUGCGGAUGGCUCGGACGAUCUCGGUUCUGCAGAUCUCGGCGAUGAUGGAGCCGAUGCCGGCGACGACUCCGGUGAUGACCUUGACACCGGCGACGACUUGGGCGACGACCUCGACACGGGCGACGACGCGGGCGACGACCUCGACACUGGCGACGACGCGGGCGACGAUUUCGACACUGGCGACGACGCGGGCGACGACCUCGACACAGGCGACGAUGCUGGCGACGACCUCGGCACUGGCGAUGACUCUGGCGACUUCGAUUCGUUCGCUGACGGCGACGAUGCAGGAGCGGACACCGGUGACGAUGGGUCCGACGACACCGGCGACGAUUCGUUCGAUGACUCGUUCGAUGACUCGGGAGAUGAUUCGUUCGACGACUCCGGUGACGACUUCGAUGAUUCAGGAGAUGACUUCGAUGAUUCGGAGGACUUCGGUGACGACUUCCGCCUGCGCCGCCGCCAUGCGCGUGAUUUCAACAUCGCGAGGCUUUGAACGUGAUCAAGGCUUGUUCGUCAAGCCUAUGUUUUGGCUCCUGUUCUAGUUUUCCGGCUCGUGAAUGCUUGAAGGACAUUUUCCCAUAUUACACAAUAUCUUCGAGACGCUGUACAUAGUUGUCGUGGUUCAAACGCAUCGUAAAACCGCAAACCACUGCGCUCAACAAC